AUUUCUGUGAAGCUUGCUCUCAUCACUUAAUAUUCAAAUCUGAAUUGUCAACAUCUGAAAAUACCGUAGAGGGAAGAGUGAUAAAUACGAGAGAAGUGUGAUUAAUUAGCUCAAAUAGUUAAAGCAUAGGAUGGGAUUUUUGAAGAGACAUGAAUGUCAUGUGUGUGUACACAUGAGUUCAUGUGUGUAUGUAUGUAUCAAUGUAUGAAUGUGCUCACUUACCUGUGCACAUGUGGAGAUCAGAGGUUGAUAUUCCAUAUUGUCCACUAUCACUCACCACCACCUUCUUUUUGGGACAGGAUCUUCCACUGAGCUAGAACUGACUGUUUCCUUAUGUCGGCUGUCCAGCCACUUUCCUGUUCCAUCUCUUUUCCCCUCUCAUCCAGCCUAAUUGGUGUAACCCCCUCUGUCUACCUGCUUCAUUUGCAAUUUCUUUCCCCUUCUCACACAGUCUUCACACUUCUCUCCCUUUCCCACCUUUUUCCUUCCCUUCUUCCUUCCUUUCUUUAUUUCUUCCUUCUCUUUCUUUUGUUCUCUCUUUCUUUCAUUCUUUUUUUUUUCCUUUUACAGUCUUUCUACAUAGUCCAGGCUGACUUUGAACUUGGGAUCCACCUGCUCAGCCCUGUGAACACUGGGAUUACAAAUGUGUAAUUUUUAACAUUCUGUCUUCUUAAUACUUCAUCACCCUCUGUGGCUCACAUACCUCGACCUUCAAACUUCUUACCGUCUUUUUCCGUCUACAGCAUUUUCAUACUCAGUCCAGUGCAAACAAACAGAAAUAUUUUUAUCUUCAACUUUUAAACAAGUUACUAUUCAAUAAAUGGUUUCCAUUAUUACUCAUCUUAAAUUUAUAAUAAUCGGGCCAACAACAUUCAGCUUGAAACACAUAUGAAUCCACAAUCUGUGGGGCUUGGUGGUCUUUUAUAUGUUCUGGAUGCUCUAACUCUGUUUUUACACUGCAUUUAAUGUGUUUGCUUUAGCCAGCCGUUACCCAUGUGAGAAAUCUUUGAUAGAAGGAUGAGAGUACAAUAAAUCAUAUUUGUGUAAAUACAGGAAGGCCUGACAUCAUACCUUUCAAUAUAUGAUGGGACAGUAUCUCCCUUAGAGGAUGCACCCCACACCCCACCACUGAAUUUGUCAGCACCUUGAUACUGAGCCAGAUUUGUUACAAAAACUUUUUUUUAAUUAUGUAUGAAUUAUCUGGUCUCAGGUAUUUGGUUGUGCAACACACACACACACACACACACACACACACAAACAUGCUGAUUCAGGAGGAACUGCUAGAAACAGUCUAAGUCAGUUUUCUCAUUUCUUAUCUUAACAAGUAUAGGCACACAUAGCUAGUUGCCUUGCAAAGUUGCACAGUGGUUAGUAACAGCACUGUAAGCUGGGAUUGCCAAUAGCGCCUAGUGUGUUGUAAAAUACAAAAUCAAGUCCACAAAUUGUGAGGAGAAUGUACGGCUGACAACUGGAGAGAACUUCCAGAGUUAAUCGGACCCUAGCCAGCUAUGUGACCUCUAAAGAAAUCACUUCACCUAGAUAGGUUGAAUAAAAUCGAAGAACCAAAUUGAUUGGAUGACCUCAGGGGUCUGCUGCGGGGUCGGUCGGACAUCCAGUGAAUGAUGCACACUCUGCCUUGGAGACAGGAAGUGUCUCCCUCGCUUCCCCAAAGGUACAGGUGAGUAAACAGCCUGUGGUGCAUGCUGGGUAAGAAGCGGUCCAGUUCUGAUUAUGCUUUAGUGUGAGAGGUCCCUCAGUGCUCCUGGGAAGGCUCAUCGUCUUCAUCUUGCAAUUCUGAAAGACUUGUAAGCAGAUACACAGGAGGUCUGAAAAUAGGCAGAUAUUGUAAUUACUGUUCAGGGACCGCCCAGCCAGAAAACACAUGCGAUUUCCCCUCAGCCAGACCAACUUGGCAUUCUGAAUACAGGCUCACAGGGGAGGGGCCCAGCCUCUCCAUGCAGGAACUGGAGUCAGAGGCUUCCCCUGCAGCCGGCAGGGAGAGACCGUUAAGAAUGCCUCUCAUUGCCUGGUUUCCUGAGGUAUCUGACCGUAGACAGGCAGCCUGGAGCAGCAAAUCUGAGCACAUCUCCUCGGCAGCUCUGCAGGAAUCAGGAUGCAGGCCAAAUACAGCAGCACAAGGGACAUGCUCCAUGAAGAUGACACCACCAUAAGCCUGUAUUCUGGAGCCUCCACUGCCACCAGACGUGCAGAGCCCAGGGACUCAGAGAAUGGGACACCGUCUUCAGUCUGGCGCCCAGUGGCCCUGACGCUCCUGACCUUGUGUUUGGUGCUGCUCAUCGGCCUGGCGGCCCUGGGCCUAGUGUUUUUUCAGUUCUACCAGCUCUCCAAUAACCAGCAAGACAGCAUCACUGAAAAGGAUGAAAGGCUGGCGAACAUCUCCCGACAACUGCAGUCUCUCCAGGGCCAGAACAGGAAGCUUAUUGAAACUCUUCAGCAGGUAGCUGUAAAACUGUGUCGUGAGCUUUACAACAAAAGCGGAGGACACAGAUGCAGUCCUUGCCCAGAAAAAUGGAAGUGGCAUGGGGACAAAUGCUACCAGUUCUAUAGAGAGAGUAAAAACUGGCAGGGCUGUGAAUAUUUCUGCCUGGCUGACAACGCCACCAUGCUGAAGAUAAGCACUCAGGAAGAGCUGGAUUUUGCCAUGCCUCAGAGCUACUCUGAGUUUUUCUACUCUUAUUGGACAGGGCUCUCCCGCAACGGCAGUGGCAAAGCCUGGCUGUGGACCGAUGGGACACCUUACUCCUUUGAACUGUUUGAGAUUAUAAUUGAUCCCACCAACCUAAGAAACAGGGACUGUAUGACCAUCUUCAAUGGAAAGGCUUACUCAAAGGACUGCAAAGAGCUGAGGAGGUGUGCCUGUGAGAGGAACGCAGGGAGAGUGGUACCCGAGGUGCUCCAGUAGGUGACAGGAAGCAUUGGGUGGAGUGGACCAACAGGUCAGAGUCAGCUACCAGGAAAAGCACUGUGUCAAGUGAGGCCAAUGCAAAGCACAUUCAAAGCUUUGGGAAACAGAAGGGCAGCUGCUGGAACUGGUACUUGAGAGGUUUUCCCAAUCCUGGUUCAGCUCUUUAGUUCUUGCACACAUUUCCCUGUCACAAAGAUUCUUACUCAUGAACCACCACCUAGCCCCAGGAAGCCAUACAGUUGUCCUCCUUAAUUUAAAGAAGCUUUAUCCCUUCUCAGUGUCUGUUAUCAGCCUCUGUUUCAUGUCUCCGUUACACUUGAAAAAGUGAGAAACAUGAGAAAAGAAAGGAGUUGAUACAAAGCAACUCACCGGUGCUUUAUGAGUCUCAGAACUUGGAAAGCGGAGGCAAGACAUGAGAAGUUCAAGGCAGCCUCCGUUACAUCCUGGGCUACGUGAGAACAUCUCCUCAAGUGACAGAAGGAAGGAACAAAAGAACAAGAGAGAAAAAAAGAAAGGAAGAAAACAGAAAUGUGAAAAGCAAGGCAAAAGAAAGAACAGAAGAAAAGAAAAUGGCUUCCUUUUGUCCUAACAGGCAAUUCAAGAGAAACUGGCAGAUGUCUCCACUCCUGUGGGCUAUACACACAGCCACUCCUUAUUUCAGUUCACACUUUGCCUUUCCUAGGCUCUCAGAGCUGACUUCACCUGCUACACCCGUGGACAGCCUUCCAACUCAGAUGGUUCUCAAUAUGUCAAUCUUCACUCCUUCAUUUCUCUUUCCCAAAUUAUGUCUCCUAGGAAAGAGACUAUCUCAACUCUGAUCUAAGUUAGAAUUAAUGUCCCUAUACCCCAACACAGAGACUGAAGCACGGGGGAAAAAUAACAAAACAAACAAACAAACAACAAAACCCAAACAGUCUUUUUAUAUGCACAGAUGACAGUUUGACUUUUUUCCUCCAUCAUGUUUGAACCUUGUUAAUACCUUUCAGGUACUGAAUAUUUAAUAAUCAUAAGUGGAAAUAAUGUGAAAUGGGUGGUUUUUUUAGAAUGAAUUUUUCAUUUGGGGGGAAAUCAGAAAAGGAAUGCUUUUCACACUAUGGUAACAAUUGCUCUUUGAACACUUGCUCAUUGACAAUUGGUGGGGUCACCAUAAAGAUACUGCCUAUGAGAUUAUUUGGGGAUGAGAAAGUGUAAAAAGAAUUAUUGUUUUUCAAGAAGAUGGCUUUAUAAGUGAAAUAUCUGAGGAAAAAUCACGACAUUGAGGGGGAUAUGUUGGCUAACCGAGGUGUGGUAGACCUCAUGAUUUCUAAACAGGCGUGAGAAGAGAAAUAGAAGAAGUGACAUUCACACAGCCGGACCCUUGACUAGACAUAAGUCUCUCUGCAUGAUGCCAUUCAAGGCUACAAGAGCAUGGUGAUAGCACCUUGUCAACUGGCUUCAUUGGUGAGAGAUGAGCCAACAGUAGAGGGCUGGCCCCACCAGGAUCAGAUUUCACACUUUUAGUCUUCCACAGCAAAAACUGGGAGACAGACAUCUUGUGGUGAGAUUACAAUUAGGUUAACCCUUUGUGAUGACAAACAAUCCCGUAUUUAUUUAUUUUCAUAAGAAUUUGAUGACUGUCACUUAUCUAAAGGUCACUGGCAGGCAACUUGAGUUUUCCUUUUGAUUUCCUUCUAACUAGCCGGAGCAUUUCUUCAAUGGCAAAUGAAUCCUGUGCAGGUUUAGUUUGUCAAGCAAACAGAAGAGCAUUUGUGGUUUUAAAGUUUGAGGGGUUUAGGUCUCUUGUUUUGAUUUCUUUACUGAGCGAAAUCACUUCGCUUCAGGUAGCUUAUUAAAAAGUGGAAAUAUUUAUAAUUUCCUGAUGCUGUUACUCAAAGUGAAGUGUGAAGUUAGUCUCAUAAUGCUAAUUAUAAUAGAAAAUGUAUUGGAAAUAAAAAAAUAUUUAAAAGGG